GGCUUCGACUGUCCGACCCCUCUCACGCGAGACGCACAGGCGAACUGAAAAGAAACAAAAGGCAAUGGCCAUCUCUUGUCUUCGAGCCCCGCUGGCUCCAUGGCUCAUGAAAACUCGAAAUCCUCCUCCUUUGAAACUACCAUGUCCGAGAAUACAGUUACGAUUCCUUUGCAGCUCCUCCACCGCUCAGCCCCUCCCUCCCGCCUCCCCAAAGUGGGAACCUUUUCGCAAGAAAAAGGUCGUCAUGCGCGUCGGCUACGUUGGUACCAACUACCGAGUGCUUUUUUCUUGACAAAAACAGGUCUUCAAGUGCAGCGAGAUGAACACCAGCUUUCUACCAUUGAAAAUGAACUAGAAACUGCCAUUUUCAAGGCUGGAGGAAUCCGUGAUAGUAACUAUGGUGAUCUGCACAAAAUUGCCUGGGCCAGAAGCAGCCGAACUGAUAAAGGAGUUCACUCUUUGGCAACAAUGAUAACAUUAAAAAUGGAGAUACCUGAAGAUGCCUGGAAGGAAGACCCUAAUGGCAUUGCUCUGGCUAAAUGCGUUAACUCUUAUCUUCCUGACAGUAUCAAAGUUUUCAGCAUAUUGCCUUCACAAAAGAGUUUUGAUCCUAGAAGGGAAUGUAAUCUCCGGAAAUAUUCUUACCUCCUACCAGCUGAAAUUAUUGGAAUAAAAAGUCACUUCAGUGAAGCUGAAAUUAACCAUCACAUAUCAGACUUCAACAGCAUAUUAAAUUGUUUUGAGGGCGAACACCCUUUCCAUAACUAUACUCAAAGGGCAAAGUACAGAAGACAAAUUCCUCCUAGGCAAACAGCUAGAAAUGGUCGUGUGCCAAAAGGAGCUGAAGCACAUGAUGAGUCAUCAACUUCUGAGUUAGAGGAAAGUGAUGUAGAAGAAGAUCCCAGGAUUGAGGAAACAACUACACUAAAUAGUGAGGAAAAGUCCACCAGUUUUGAUGAACCUCUGGUUGACUGUUGUGAUGGUCAGGGAAACAGUUUGCAGUAUCAAAGUUCUAAUGUAGUUGUUCGAGCAAGAUGGCUAUAUGAACCUGAUGAGACAGAUAGAAUAACAGCUUCCCACUUUAGAAAAAUUUUUCUCUGUUCUUGUGGAAGGCUGGAGAACUCAAUGGGAUUUGAUUAUAUUGAAAUUUCCAUAUGGGGGGAGUCUUUCAUGUUGCAUCAGAUCCGCAAAAUGGUUGGUACUGCUGUUGCUGUGAAGCGCAAUUUAUUCCCAAGAGACAUUCUAACACUAUCACUAGCCAAGUUCUCGCGGAUUGUCCUACCACUUGCUCCAUCUGAAGUUCUAAUUUUGAGGGGGAACACAUUCAUAUUGAGAAAGAUGCCCAGUAAUAUAACAAGACCUGAGAUGCUGACAAUGGUCGAAUCAGAAGAAAUCCUCAAGGAAGUUGACAAGUUCUACAGAUCUGUAUUGUUGCCACAAGUUUCAAAAUUCUUGGACCCUUCUAAAUCUCCCUGGAAAGAAUGGGUUGAAAAUUUAGAUGCAAACACAAGCGUUCCUGAUGCAGAGUUGGAUGAAGUCAGGACUGCUUGGAAGCUGUGGAAGGAAAAGUUGCUGAAUGGAACAGCUUCUGCAUCAGCAGUGGGCGAAUAAAAUAGUGUCAAAUGCUCAUCUUGAUUGACCGUGAAUUUGUUUCCCAGAAGCUCCUAAUUUCUAAGCUUACCACAUCUCAAAACCUGGAAACAUGUCUGCCAUUUAUGCUAGACACAACCAGAAAUGUAUCCUACUGAAUUUUGUUUUGCACUUGCUUGUAUUCAUGAUGAUGAGAAUGGGCCUUCAUAAUUUGAUUCUCUGCCAGAUCAGAUGAAUUCAGAAUCCGGAAAGUUUGGGGUGUUGGUGUUAGAAUUCUGGCAGUUAAAUAGGUCUGUCAGAAAACAUUUUUUAACAAAUUCAUGUAUGAAGAAAACGUCACAGAAGUUGAGGCAAAAGAAUCUCGAGGUUCAUCUACAUUUUGCUAGGGUAGGAGAAUGCAUAUGCUUUUGUCUAUUUUAACUUGGUAUGCUUAGUAUAUUUUAUUCUUUUGUACUAUUACCCAUAGUAAGCUGGGCAGCAGAUUUUUACCUCAAUAAUGUGAUUGUCUCAACAUUUUACUCAAAUGUGAAAAUUAAAGCCAAGGUAUGCUAGUCAA